AUGGACGCCUCAACCACAGCAGAUAUCCGCGACCGCAUCCUCCACCAAAUUCACGGACUUCUCUUCGAGGUCCUCCGAGAGUCUGAAGACACAGGCCCGAUGCGAAUACUCGGAGAUACUCCAAAUAGCAUACUCGAUCCUAAAGAUUAUUUGGCAUCUAUACGCCCCUUUGUUACAGAAAUCCAGAAUUGCAUCCAUGAAUUUGAUGCAAAUAGCAAGACUUGUUUCAUUGCAGUCAAUAUCUACCCUGGAAAGCACUCCUACUUUGUGGUGGACCUAAAUAAUACCGAGUAUGACUAUCAGACUGCUCAUGAAUGCAAGACAUUUCCGGUACCUGUUCAUAUCCUACGCCUAUCAAAAAGAAACCCCCCCAGGAUUUAUAGGAAACGGGAGCUGGAUGGACAACUUGCUGAGACUCUUAGAAUCAUGCAUAAUGGUCACGGUCAAGAUCCUCUACCUUUGGUUGACAAUUACUGUGAUCCAAAUAGACAAUACAGCAACCCUCGAAGCCUCAAAACGUUGAUGUCCAGGGUGUUCAGAUUUGCGCAUUGA